UUGGCGCGCAGUGUUUGUGUUUGGCGUUGGAGUGUGGGUGCUCGGGUGCGAGGUGCUGGUGGCUGAUCGGGAAAUUGACAUCGCAAAAUCUUUUUUGGUAUUCAAUUGUGAGAAAGAAGACAUUCAUGUUCUAGUCAUUGCGAGAGAAAGCAUCCGGCGUCCCAACAUGCACGUGAACGUAGUUUGCGUUCUGCUGUUUGUUUUGACAGUGUCGCUGGCCCAGGAGGCGCCGCACCUCACCGUCCUGCCGACGGGGAGCGUGAUCCGCCGCGACCUCGGCACCACCGGCUUCUUCACCUGCCGCGUCAGCCAGCAGCACGAGCAGCUGGUCGACGACGUGGUCUGGCUGGACCCGCGCGGCCAGGAGGUGCCUGACGAGCGGCAGAAUCGCCCUGGAGCCCAGCCUCCCAGGCUGUACUCGAGCGACGCAUCGUCUGGAAAGGGCAGGGAGCUGUUCGUCUCUAACAUCACGGAGAAUGACUCCGGGAACUACACCUGCAAGGCUCGCUACGGCACCAACCAGGAGAUUACCAAGACCUUCGCCCUCCUCGUCUACAUGAGCAUCCGAUGGGAGGACGCGCCGCAGCGGCAGAACCCGGUGAUGGGCAGCCGAGCCCUGAUCCGGUGCGUGGCGCGCGCCAGCCCGCCGGCCAUCGUCGAGUGGUUCCGCGGCUCCCAACUCAUCUCCGGAGGCGGCAGGUACACCACGCAGGAUGACGGCCUGGUGAUCGAGAACAUCACGUCCGAGGACGACGGCGUGUACCUGUGCCGUGCCAAGGUGCCUGCCGAGGGCGAGCUGGAUGAGCGCCGCAUCACCGUCGAGGUGCACUCCCGGCCGGAGAUCACGGAGCCGAAGCCGGGCACCGUGGUCGAGGUGGUGGAGGACGAGGCCGGCAGCAUCCGCUGCCUCGCCUCGGGCAAGCCGACGCCGACACGCUCGUGGCUGGCGCCCGACGGCGCCGACGCCGACCUGACCGACGGUCUGACGGUGGACCGACGCGACGGCACGCUGACGUUCCAGCCGGCGCGCCGCCAGAUGGCCGGCCGCUACCGCUGCCUCGCCGCCAACCACGUGGACACGGUCGAGACGUCCGUCGAGGUGGUGGUCAUCGUCAAGCCCGAGGUGGUCAGGUACGAGAACGUGACGUCGAGCGAGGGCGAGUCGGCGGUGCUCGAGUGCCGCGCCGACGGCUCGCCGCUGCCGGCCGUCUCGUUCCGCCGUGUCGGCUCCGACAUGCGAUACGAGGAGGCGCAGUUCUCCGGCGACGACCGCGCCACCGUCCAGCAGCGCGAGGAGGGCGGACUGAAGGUGGGCGUGCUGACCAUCCGCGACCUGACGCGCGACGACGACGGCCUGUACGAGUGCGUGGCGACCAACCAGGGCGGCCACCAGGCGACGGCGCCAGGCCUGCUGACCGUGCAGUACUCGCCGCGGCUGAGCGGGCCGCCGGAGCGCGAGGUGUUCACCUGGGCCGGUCGCGCGGCCAACCUCUCGUGCAGCGCGCAGGCCGUGCCAAACGCCACCGUCCGCUGGCGGCCCGCCGGCGGCCGGCCGGUGGACGACCCGCAGCUGGAGCAGAUCGGCGACGGGCCCGAGUCCGUGCUCAGGGUGACCCCGACCGACGCCAGCUUCUACGGCGUGUACACGUGCACGGCCUCCAAUCCGCUGGGCUCCGACUCGCUGGACAUCACGCUGCACGAAGCCACGGCGCCCGGCCCGCUCAGCAACGUCGUGUUCGAGGAGGUGACCGCCACGUCUGUGGAGUUCGCGCUGGUGCCGCCCGCCAGCAACGGCGGCCUGCCGGUCACGUCCUACGCCGUGGAGCACGUGCAGCGGGGCCAGCCGUGGGAGGUCGCCCAGCGCCGAGAAUGGCCCGCCGAACAGCACUUCCUGCUGGAGGACCUGACGCCCCAGCAGACGUACCAGUUCAGGUUCGCCGCCAAGAACGAGGUCGGUCUGGGCCCGUGGUCGGCAGAGGCGGAGCGGAUGAUGCCGAAUAUCGCCGCGCCGCAGCCGCCUGAGAUCCUGAUGGCGGAGGAGAUGGCGUCACCGCCCGGCGACGGCACCGACCACGUGGUGCUCUCCGAGCGGCCCGACUCGUACGAGCUGCACUGGCACGCGGGCGCUGACAACGGCGCCAAGAUUGACAACUACCAGGUCUCCUACUACAAGGUGAUCAACAACAAGAACAUAUGGCGGGUGGUGUCGGAGAAGCUGACGUCAGUGCCCGAGAGCUACUACCGGGUGGAGCUGCGCGCCCACAACCACAUCGGCUUCGGCGACCCGGCGCAGCUGAUUGUCUUCACGGCGCCAGGUAAACACCCCUCGUCAGGUGGCGCGCAGGCGGCGGCGCCUCCGCCGUCGCUGGCCUCCAGUCUGGUGAUUGGCGUGGUCGCCGCUGUGCUGCUGGUGCUGCUGGUGCUCAUCGACCUGACCUGCUACGCGGUCAACAACCGCGGCAUCACGCACAUGCUCUGCUCGAAGGCACGCGGCACCUCCGGCUCGGCGAAACUCAACGAGGAGGCGGCCAGCGAGAAGGAGCCGCUCCAGGAGAACGGCAACGGCACCAAGAACACGCCCGAGUCCAACGGCGAGAGGGAUGUUCCCGAGGUGACCAUUGACAAGGCGCAGCUGGAGGCUGCUAAGGACUCGGCCGUCUAGGGCGGCGCGCGCCAACGGCGCCACGCGCCGGCCGGUCGCUCGAUGACGUCAGAGCCGCGUGGUGACGUCAUCAGCAGGGCCGGGCCGGCAGAGCUCCAGGCCGGCGCCGGGCGGGACGCCCUCUGUCCGCCACGGCGGCAACCGGCGCUACCGGCUACGUUCAGCCGUUUAGAUAUGUGUUUACCGUUCACCUUUCCAUCGUCUGUAAGGCAUUGACAGAAGUUCUACUUUAGUUCACGUCGCUGUGCGCAAUCUCGCCGCGACCGGGGUCUCGCCCCGCGGCGUGCUGGCCAAUCGCGGCGCGGCGCCCGGCGGACGCUUGUGAUUGGCCGCCGGCCGGACCGUGCGCUUUCCGUGGCGCCAGCGUGAGUGGCUGAGCGCUUCGAGUGGACCUUUUGUACGCCCGUGUUUUCCAGUAUGUGUUGCGAGCCUUGAUUGUGCCCGGGGGGCGGCGUCGUCCCCGGUCGCCGCCUAGUCCGCAGGAGCCGGGCCAGUUGCAGCGCCAAUAAACUGUUCCCAGAGCCCGUCGACGCUCGUGCGCGCCUAUCGUUCUUGUCCGCGGGAGAGGGGGCGGGGUUGCGGCGUGUGCGUGUGUGUGUGUGUGGGAGAAGGGCGGGGGAGGGGCACUAGCGCGGCGCGCCGUGCGCUGUGCGAGGCGGGAAUCGAGAGAUAACAGGGGAGUCUCGUGUUGGGAGGCUGGGGUUAGGCGGAGAGGAGGCAGA